AUGAGUACUCAACAAAAUCAAAAUGGUAAUAAAAAAAGCGACGAGAAUAAAGAUAAGGCAGCAACUGGAAAAGAUGAUGCAGCAGCGAAAGAUAAAAAGUUAGAUAUAACAAGUUUAGAAGAAGAUGAUGAAUUUGAAGAAUUUCCAGUUGAAGAAUGGUCCCACGACGAUUUGGACAGUGAAGAUAAACGUCUAUGGGAAGAACAUUGGGAUGAUGAUGUGGCUGAAACACCAUUAGUUGAACAACUUAAACAAGAACUCAAUAAACAAGGUUUACUCAAAACACCAACGACAACGGCUAAAUAA